UGUUGAGCUGCUGGGCUGGAGACGGCACAGCCUCAAAGGACUGGAGGCUUUUCCCCUUCUAACAGAGAUGACUGUGAGCUGCCGUUGCCCCUGUAGACACAGGAGAUAGGAUCUAUUGGCUUCUUCUCACUGCUACCACUGCUACCGUUAGUGUCAUAAGCCGGUGUAGCCUGCGCUGCUGUUGCUGCCUGUACCACUCCACCGCUGUCGCUGCUGCUCUCCCUGCCUCUGAUCCUUGUGGGCAGAGUGGGAUGGAAGCCCUCGCUGGAAGCCUGUUCAUGGAAAUGCUCUUUGCCGUUGUUUGCACUGUAGCUCCGUGCUGGUGACAACAUGCCGUUAAAAUGGAAAAGCGGUUCUCCUGUCAGCUGGAAAUUCCCAGUGCAAGUUCUUAAGACAUCCAGGUCCUCACCGCUCUCUCCUGCCUAUAUAUCCCUUGUGGAGGACGACGACCCUCACAUGAAAGUGUCGCUGGGGUGUGGUGACAUGGGCAUCUCUGCCCACUUACAGGCUUCCAAAACAGGAAACACUCGCUUCUUCACAAGCAACACACACAGCUCAGUGGUCCUUCAGGGAUUUGACCAGCUGAGGAUAGAGGGAUUACUGUGUGAUGUCACGCUUGUGGCGGGGGACGGAGACGAAGCCUUCCCAGUGCACCGCGCCAUGAUGGCCUCCUCCAGCGACUACUUCAAAGCCAUGUUCACAGGUGGAAUGAAGGAACAGGAUUUGAUGUGUAUCAAGCUUCAUGGUGUCAACCGAAUAGGCCUGAAGAAGAUCAUAGACUUCAUCUACACGGCCAAGCUGUCUCUCAACAUGGAGAACCUGCAGGACACACUGGAGGCAGCCAGCUUCCUCCAGAUCCUCCCGGUGCUAGACUUCUGCAAGGUCUUUCUCAUAUCUGGGGUGUCCCUGGAUAACUGUGUGGAGGUGGGGCGCAUCGCUAACACAUACAACCUCACCGAGGUAGACAAAUACGUUAACAACUUCAUCCUCAAGAACUUCCCCUCGCUGCUGGGCACGGGGGACUUUGUCAAGCUGCCCUUUGAGCGGCUGGCCUUCGUUCUGUCCAGUAACAGUCUGAAGCACUGCAGCGAGCUGGACCUGUUCAAGGCUGCAUGCCGCUGGCUCCGCUAUGAGGAUGGGCGCAUGGACCACGCCCCCAAGCUCAUGAAGAACAUCCGCUUCCCCCUCAUGAACCCCCAGGAGCUCAUCAACCACGUGCAGACUGUGGACUUUAUGCGCACAGACAACACCUGCGUCAACCUCCUCCUGGAGGCCAGCAACUACCAGAUGAUGCCCUACAUGCAGCCGGUCAUGCAGUCAGAGAGGACGGCCAUCCGCUCAGACAGCGGCCACCUGGUCACCCUGGGCGGCGUCCUGCGCCAGCAGCUGGUGGUCAGUAAAGAGCUGCGUCUCUUUGACGAGAAGGCCCACGAGUGGAAGGCGCUGGCGCCCAUGGACGCCCCCCGUUACCAGCACGGCAUCGCUGUCAUCGGCAACUUCCUCUUCGUGGUGGGAGGCCAGAGCAACUACGACACCAAAGGCAAGACUGCGGUGGACACGGUGUUCCGGUACGACCCGCGCUACAACAAGUGGAUGCAGGUGGCGUGCCUUAACGAGAAGCGCACCUUCUUCCACCUCAGCGCUCUCAAGGGACACCUCUACGCCGUGGGUGGCCGCAACGCUGCUGGAGAGCUGGCCACAGUGGAGUGCUACAACCCCAGGACAAACGAGUGGACGUACGUCGCUAAAAUGAACGAGCCACACUACGGCCAUGCAGGGACGGUGUACGGUGGUUACAUGUAUAUUUCAGGGGGAAUCACUCACGACACAUUUCAGAAAGAGCUGAUGUGCUUUGACCCAGAUGCAGACAAAUGGACUCAGAAAGCGCCCAUGACCACGGUGCGUGGCCUGCACUGUAUGUGCACGGUGGGCGACCGCCUCUACGUCAUCGGGGGGAAUCACUUCCGGGGCACCAGCGACUACGAUGACGUGUUAAGCUGUGAGUACUACUCCCCGGCCCUGGACCUGUGGACGCCCAUCGCCGCCAUGCUGCGGGGCCAGAGCGACGUGGGUGUGGCCGUGUUCGAGAACAAGAUUUACGUGGUGGGAGGCUACUCGUGGAACAACCGCUGUAUGGUGGAGAUAGUGCAGAAGUACGACCCGGAGAAGGACGAGUGGCACAAAGUAUUUGACCUGCCUGAGUCGCUGGGCGGGAUCAGAGCCUGCACACUGACCGUGUUUCCUCCAGAGGACUUGAUGGGCUCCCCCUCCAGAGAGUCACCCCUCUCAGCACCUUGAAGAACAGGGGGGGGAGCCCACCCCGCUCCUCUCACACCCCCACAACCCCCAACACCCUAUAGACAUUGUUUGCACUUCUUCUUUGGACUACAUCUGUACUGCAUCCCGAUACACCCCUUCCUCCCUAGUGAUGAGGUCUACAUCCCGAUACACCCCUUCCUCCCUAGUGAUGAGAUCUACAUCCCGAUACACCCCUUCCUCCCUAGUGAUGAGAUCUACAUCCCGAUACACCCCUUCCUCCCUAGUGAUGAGAUCUACAUCCCGAUACACCCCUUCCUCCCUAGUGAUGAGAUCUACAUCCCGAUACACCCCUUCCUCCCUAGUGAUGAGAUCUACAUCCCGAUACACCCCUUCCUCCCUAGUGAUGAGAUCUACAUCCCGAUACACCCCUUCCUCCCUAGUGAUGAGAUCUACAUCCCGAUACACCCCUUCCUCCCUAGUGAUGAGAUCUACAUCCCGAUACACCCCUUCCUCCCUAGUGAUGAGAUCUACAUCCCGAUACACCCCUUCCUCCCUAGUGAUGAGAUCUACAUCCCGAUACACCCCUUCCUCCCUAGUGAUGAGAUCUACAUCCCGAUACACCCCUUCCUCCCUAGUGAUGAGAUCUACAUCCCGAUACACCCCUUCCUCCCUAGUGAUGAGAUCUACAUCCCGAUACACCCCUUCCUCCCUAGUGAUGAGAUCUACAUCCCGAUA